AGAUGACUACUCGAAGGUCUGCUCGAAUUAGAAUCCAAUCUGGUUGUAACGAGGAGAAUGGGAGUAUUCAAGUGGCUGAAGUAACUAGCUCAAGUCAAAGUCAAGUGGAGGAUUGUGACAGCGCUGACCUACAGGUGGAGCAAAACCUCGAUGAGAAAAAAGACAUAAAUAUUUCGAUAGGAAAUGAAAGUUCAGAUAGUGAGAGUGAAACACCAGAGGAGGUAUCUUUUGCAAAGUCAAAAGAAGUAUUCAUGGAAGAGUCAGAUGCAAUAAGGAACGCUAAAGAGUUUUUAAGAGUCAAUAAGAAAAGGCGUGUAUUAUCCUCGACUGUUCUAUCAGCUGUUUCUAAACAAGAAUUUAAAGAAAAUGAACAAUCAGAUGGAGAGAAAGAAGAAGUUUAUUCGUCAAUAGGCACAGAAGCAGAGGUGGAUGUGCCUAGAAUCAGAGCAGUAUCAUUAAAAUCAUUGCACAGCAAAUAUGAGCUAAAUGAAGACGUUAUAACUGUACAAAAGUAUGCUGUUAAAAAAUCUAAAUUCAGCAAAGUGAAACUUGGUCCUGCAGCUCAGUUUUUAGUCAAACGGGAUUAAUUUUAAUAUUUUAAAGUUUUUAAAAUCCAUUUACAUUUCUAUUAGAUAAGCCGAAUAAAUUUCUUGUUCUUGGUUGGGACAUCAAUUCUUGUGACAAUCUAACAAUAUAUAAUGAACGCUGAUUUAUUUAUUAUCGAAA